GAGCUCUCCUCCUCCUCUCUAGCUCACAACAAACACAACCUUCUCUGCAACUGCCUCGACGUAUUUCAACAAUCCGCUAGGCACUCGUGUCAGUUUUAUAUUUUGCCAGCAUGUGCAGAUUUCUUGUCUUCAAGGGCAAGAACGAGAUCCUUCUGUCCAAGCUGAUCUUGGACCCUUCUCACUCUAUCUUGACCCAGUCCUACGACUCACGAUUGCGUCUUGACACUCGUCGACCGCACAACGGCGAUGGCUUCGGCGUAGGCUACUACACUCAUCCUGAGCUUGGACCUGAGCCAUGUCUCUUUACCUCGACUAUCCCUGCGUGGAACUGCAUCAACCUGGAGCGACUUGCCAGCAAGACGACCUCAUCACUCAUCUUUGCGCACGUGCGGGCAACCACUGAAGGCAGUCUUUCCGACAGCAACUGCCACCCAUUUCGCCACCGGAGCCUGAUGUGGAUGCAUAACGGCGGUAUCGGGGCAUUCAAGUACGUGAAGCGGCCGCUCUGCGACUCCGUUGCGGACCGGUGGUUUCUGGGCGUCCAAGGCAGCACGGACAGCGAAUGGGCAUUUGCGUUGUUCCUCGACAGCUUGGAAAAAAUGGGCUACGACCCGAGUUCAGAACCUGCGGACGGAUUUGGGCAUUCCGUCCUGCGCAAAGCGAUGCUCAAAGUCAUUGAGCGGAUCAACGCCGCAAUCAGGGCUAUCCCCGCCGAAAUCAAGGGCAAAGACCUGGAUACUCGGAGCUUGCUCAAUUUUGCCGUCACCGACGGACACAGCGUGGUCUGCACGCGCUACAUCAGCAGCAAGACGGACGAAGCUGCGAGCUUGUAUUUCUCCUCUGGCACCAACUGGAAACAACACGACGAGCCGGGCAACUAUACCAUGGAGAGACGGGACAAGGGAGCUGAUAUUGUCCUCGUGGCCAGCGAGCCCUUGACUUUUGAGAGAGACAACUGGGUCACCGUCCCAACCAAUUCGAUUCUAACCAUCCACAAGCAAAACGUCCUGGUCCAUCCCAUCAUCGACGAAUUCUACAGCUACAACCCCUCGCACCAGCGCUCCUCGUGCUUCGCCGUGUCCAAGGGCCUUGUGAGCAAUGCGCCGGGGGGUACCGUGACUGAGGACGACCAAGCCCCCGAGUCUGUUUCAUCAUCGUCCACUUCUCCCACUGCAGAGCGCAACCUUCAAUUCACAGUCCCCGUAGUAGGCGGAGGAGCAGGCGGUGUAAUGGACUCAUCCGAGCCUGAGCAGAUACGAGAACUUAAAGCCCAAUGUGCCAGCGUAGCGCUAAGUGCCUGAGCGGCAUGUUAGGCGCUAUAUGCUCUCUCUUUUUCCCUUCUCUUACUGCAGCCGGUGCAGGAAUUCAAAUCAUUCAGAGACUCGGGCACCGAUGCCACUAUACACACACAUCCCCCCAUCCAUUUCGACACACAGACUUACAACAUCCGAUGCAUCAGCGAGGGAGUUUUCAGCAUCAUUAUGAAACAAUCGUUUUUAAGGAGAUAGCAGGGGGGUAAAAUUGGACAGGGGAUGUAAUGGCGUUAUUUGGUUCAGUUUCGGAGACUUUUGUACCUUAAUUAAUACCC